AUGGUCGAGACUAGAUCAUAUGACUUGGGAGUGACAACUUCAACCACAGCUGCAACUUCUUCUUCUUCUUCUUCCUCUUCCUCUUCGACAAAUGCAAAUGCAAAUGCAGCUGCGAGCUAUAUAAAGACUAGUCAGCCAACCACUACAAAUAAUAACAUUAUCAAUCUACCAAACAAAUUAAAUAAUACUCCCAAUCAAGACGAUAAUGAUUCUUCAACUUCGUUGACAACAACAAAUUCAACAACUACGAGUACAACUACUACUACUCUUCCUCCUCAACAACAAACAACAGACAACUUGAAUUCAGUUAUUGGAUAUAAUGAAUCACAUCAUCAUAAUAAUAAUAAUCAAGGAACACAUCCAUCACUACCACCAGGAGGAGUUGUUGGAGUAGGUAUUCCACCUGCACCUACUACUACUACACUUGACAAGAGUAUGAAAAAAGGAAGAAUUUAUUGGUGUUGGCUGUUGAAAGAGUAUAUUCGUUUGGGACAUGUUAAAAGCAUGCAAAGAGUAUUGAGAAUAUUGGAUCAAAUGGACCCAUACUUGUAUCAAUGGGCCGACAACAUCUAUUUGGGUGAAGGAUCAUCGCCGUCAUCAUCCUCUAUGCCUCAAAUCAUUAGCAGUGGUGUUGGUCGACUACCCAACAACAAUGGAAAUAGUAUCGAUGAAAUCUAUAUCAUAAACUCAUCCUCCAAACCAAUGGUCAAUGCAAAGAGAGCAUCUGGUUUCCCACAUUUAUACAUCCCAAACCUAUUGCGACUAAGAAGCGAUCUUUUCCAAUGUUUCAACAAAAACUUUUCAUUCAACUCUAUACUCAAUGCAUUGAGUACUGGUAAUAUUGAAUCUUUAUUAAAUCCAACAUAUAUACCUGUAUCAAAAUCAUUACCAAUUGUACCAAUGCUAUUGGUAAUAGUUUAUAUUAAAAUGUGUCUUACAAAGUCGGAUGGAUUAAAAUCAAUUUGUAAUGUUUUAAUGGAUUGUCAACAAAAGAUACAUUUAUUUCCAUUAUACGAUUACCCACAUAUACCAUUAGAUGUAUUGAUACAAAAUAUUUUAACAUGUAAUCUUCGAUUUAUUGAUUGGGAUCCAAUAUCAUUAAAACUAUUACCAACCGAAGUAUAUUUUAAUGAAAUAUUUGAAGUAUUUUAUUUAACUGGUAGAGAAUCUAUAUUAUUCCCAAAACCUCAACCACCACCUCAACAACAACAACAACAACAACAACAACAACAACAACAACAACAACAACCAAAUAACAAUAAUAAUAAUCAACAACAAACAUAUCAAAAACCAUUACCAAAGAGUUUAACACCAACUCUUGUUUAUCCAUCAGAGGAUUAUCAUUUUAAAACCAUCAAAACCUAUUUACAAGAUAGUGCAAAAAUUGUGUUUUAUAAUAUUAGAUACCUCACUCAACGUAGAAAUUCCUUUGAACUAUCAAUUUGGAAUGAAGAGAAUGUUAAUAUUCUUUUAAAUUGUACAAUCUAUCAUUUGGAUCAAUAUUGCAAAGAAAAAAAGACAAGUCAAAUGGCUGAAGAUUUAUCAAUGGUUUUAGAUUCAUGUCUAAGAUUAUCUCUUAGUUGGGUUUCUAUUAUUUCUGGUGUUCAAGAAGUUAAAGAAAAAAGUGAUAAUUGUUGGUGGGUAACAAAACCAAAGAAAUUACAACCAAUUUUAAAGAGUUGGGUCAAUACUAUUGAAAGAAUCUUUGAAGAAGUAGAUAUUGAAAAAUUAUUUUUGAUUGGUUUGGUUUGGCUAGGUAUUUCAGUUUCAUUAUUUGAUGAAUCUGAUGAAACUGAACAUAAUAAUUCCUAUUAUUUAUUUAUUAAAUAUAUUAAAAAAUAUCCAGAUAUGUUAAGUGAUUAUAAUAAAUCAUCAUUAGUUAUAAAAUCAAUUGGAUUUGCAUUAAUUGGUGUACAAACGAUUGAACAAACAACAGAAUUGAUUAAUAUAAUGUCAUCUUUGUGGGAUGAUCCACAUCACAAAAAUUCUCCAUUCCCAUCGUUGGACAAUGGUUGGUUGGUAUACAAAACAAUUCAAUCUGUUUUCAACAGUAAAUUUAAAUUGGCACAUUUCGAUAAUAAUCAAACUGAUAUGGAAAAUGCAAUAUUCGAUUGGACAAGAGUUAUUUGUGAAGAAUCAAAUAAUUCUUUUUAUAAUACCAAUUCAAGUUCAAAAUAUUUAAGUAUAUUUAUUGGAUCAUCAAUAAGUAAUGUAUUACAAAAAAGAUGUAAAUUUAUACCAUUGGAAGCAAAAAAGGAAUCUGUUCACCAAAUUCACGACAUGUUUUAUACAUCUGUCAAUCAAAUCAAUUACUUGACUGUUGUACAAAAAAUUGGUGUAGUCACUGCCUAUUGUCUUAGUGGCACUGAACCUUUUCAAGAUAAACAAGCAUGUCAAAGUAUAUUAAAAGUGACUAUUGAUACGCUACUGGAACAAGUUUUAGGUAUCAAUGGUCAACUCUAUGAAUGGCUUGAAAAACCAAUUGAAAUUAAUAAUUUAUCAAUCAAAAAGAUGGAAGGACAUCAAACAUCACCAAUAUUUUUAUCAUUAUUGGCAUAUGUGGACAUGAUUGUUAAAUUAAUGUUACAUCUAAAGGACAAUGAUGUAAACAAAUCAGUCAUGUUAAAACUCUGUGAAUAUGGACAUAGAUUGAAUGAAUUGUGGUACAACUUUAUCAAAGACACUAGCAGUUCAUUCCCAAAGGCAUCUAUCCAGAGAGCCCUCAAACCAACACUCAAUGGGAUCAUUCUUUGCUUCUCUACCAUGUUUAAUGAUAUUUCUCGCAUCCUCUCACCAAUUGACAGUGCCUUGGGUCUCGAGUUUUUCAUUCAAAUUAGCUUUAUCACCGAUGACGAUGUUCCUGUCGUCAAUAGCGCCAUCCGCUCUCUUGUAAAAAAUGUUUCUCUUUCAGAAUGUGCCAUUAUUCGUUUUAUCGAUAAAAUGCCAGUAUAUUUAACCGUCCCAAAGAGUGAUAAGAUUGCUUGCGCCAAAGUAAUCAUAUAUCUCAAUGCUUUGGUUUCUCUUGUCACUUUUGUACCACAUAGUUUAAUUACUAAUGUUAUCAUUCCAAAUUUAUUCGAAUAUAUGGAAUAUCCCAAUGAAAAAAUGAACAAAUUAACUCACUUUAUAAUAAGUAGAAUAUUUUCAAUACCAAAUUAUCAUCUAACAGUUCAAAUGGUCCCAAAAUAUAUACAAACUUCUUUAAAAACAUUCCCAAAAUAUACACAAAUAUCAUCAUUAUUUACUGGUAUAUCAAGUAUAGUUGAACAUAAUCCACCAACGGAUCCAAUUAUAUUAUUUACAGUGAUGACCAUUUCAAAUGCUACAAUCAAUCAAAUCAAACUACAAGAUAAAUCCAAAACAUCAUUGGAGAAUGCAUCAAAGAGUUUGUUUCAAUUACUCCUUUUAAUGUUGCAACUAGUAGACAUUCAACUAUUACACCUUGUCCUCAAAGAGGUCAAGAGAGUAGUGAGCGAGGUACAAAAUCUAAAGAUCAAAAUGGAACUCUGUACCUUGUUGAUAUCGGAAAUAACUGGAAACUUUGAAAAUAGCAAAAAGAACCUAUGUCUAUCUUGGUAUUUGGAUCUCAUCAAAGAGUAUGAAUUCUCUUUUAUCAAACAAUUAAUGAAUCAACCAAAUGAACCAAAAACUGCAUAUGAUUUACUUUCACCACCAAAAUAA